UUAUUUUUCCUUUAGUACCCAAUUUAUUAUGCCAAAACACAAGAUAUAUAUGGAAUUUACUUGCAGAAGUUUGAUAUAUGUGGGUUUAGGCGAGUGUUGUACGAGAACUCUACGAGUUGCUUCAUGAUUUUUGAAUUUGGCAACUGGCAGUAUAAUUAUUACAGCAAUAAUCAAAAGUAUCCUUAUAUGCAUCACUAACUUACCGUGAAGCCAUUGCACUUGGAACAUGUAUAAUUUUGCUUAGAGAGCUUAGUCUUGUCCAAAGCUUCAAUAAUCAACCAGACAUACGUGCGGUAUUGUGCCUUCUGAAAAUCUUCACCUUCCUCAUUUUAUGAAUCCCUGCAAGCUGAAAUUGUUGGAAGUCAUCUACCUAUUGUGCAAGCAACAACCGAUGGAUAAAGAGAAAAAUUUUCAAGGAAAUAUCUACGUGCCUUGCCCCCAGAAAAUGUAUAUAUAAGUUCUUAGAGAUUCCAAUUGCUCUGAAACUUGCAGCGUCAUGAUAUCCACAAUAGCUUCUGUGAGCUUCUCUUUAUGGCUAAUUUCCAUGGCCAUAGGCGCUGUGGCUCAGCCUCCAGUGCUGGACACAAACGGAGAGCAGCUCGAAAGCGGCAGAGAAUACUACAUACUGGGCAGAGCAACUCAUGUCACCGGAGGUUUAACCAUGAUCAAUCCCAACAAUACCUGCCCAUUUUACGUGGGUCAGCUAGCCAUCGCACCAAUUGCACCAGAGAGCGUUCCUACCAUCAUGUUUCAGCCAUAUGCUUUUGGAGAGACAAUCAUCAGGGAGUCUAGGGACUUGAGUGUUAAAUUUCAAACAAUUAGAUCUCAAGCAGUUAUCCGGUGUACACAGUCCCCUGCUUGGAGAGUUGGCAAAGAUGACCCAGUGACAAGAAGGAGAUUCAUUAUGACUGGAAACGAGUCAGAGGCAGAUUUCUUUGCCAUUGAAAGAAGCAGAGAUGGGUACAAUUUAUUAUGGUGCCCAACUGAAUCCUGCAGGGCUUGUGGUAGGCCAAAGUGUGGGUAUGCUGGAAUUUUAACAAAGGAUGAAACGAGGUUCUUGGUGUUGGAUGGUCCUGCUCUUUCCUUCCGAUUUCUUAAGGUUUAAUUUAUAUUCUCGUGGUUUGCUAUGGUAAAUAAAAUCCACUACAUACAUCCUUAUAUAUAAAUAUAUAUGCAUUCUCACUACAAUAAAAACAGUACAAAUUUUUUCUGCUUAUUCUAUGCUGUAAUAACAUUGUUAUGUAAUCACUAUGUUUGUUUAUUGCCAUGUAAUCAGCUUUUACGUAUGUAUUUAUCAUUUCUUGUGUUAUUAUUAC